CACAAGGCUUCACUCUCUUCCGAAAAAUGCAAACCAAACCAUUGACGUUCCCUCUUCCUCCUCCUCCUCCAUUAAUUCCCUCCACAAAAUCAUCUACGGCGAACCAACCUCUAUUAUCUCCGGCCACCACCGUGCCUCGAGCUAUAUCAAUCACCACACCAGACCCUCGAGUGGCGGUGCCGGUGCCUGUGCCGGUGCCGCCAACCAUAGAGCUUGAUGAUUCUAUAGCUGCCUUUUGGGACUACCAAUUCCUAUUUGUUUCCCAACGCCAAGAAACGAUCCAACCAGUAACCCUACGCGUCGUCGACGGGGCGAUACCGGCUGACUUCCCGUCGGGCACGUAUUAUUUGACAGGGCCGGGGCUUUUCUCCGACGACCAUGGCUCUACAGUGCAUCCGCUAGACGGUCAUGGAUACCUGCGAGCGUUCAGCAUCGAUAAUGUGAGUAAGAGAGUGAAAUAUAUGGCCAAGUACGUGAAGACGGAGGCUCAAGUGGAGGAGCACGAUCCCAAGACCGACACGUGGCGGUUUACACAUAGGGGCCCAUUUUCUGUGUUGAAAGGUGGAAGGAAGGUUGGGAACACGAAGGUCAUGAAGAAUGUGGCUAACACUAGCGUAUUGAGGUGGGGAGACAAGCUUUUGUGUUUCUGGGAAGGUGGAGAUCCCUAUGAGAUCGAAUCUGGUACGUUGGAUACCGUCGGGCAGUUCAACAUGAUCGACGGCUCUGAUUCAAAUCAGGGCAAGACCAACCUUGAUGGUGAUGCAUGGGAAUUCGCUGCCGGACUCUUGAAGCCUCUUUUGUAUGGAGUGUUUAAGAUGCCCCGAAGGAGGCUUUUGUCUCAUUAUAAAGUGGAUGCUAGCAGGAACAGGCUGCUUACGGUGUCGUGCAACGCAGAGGAUAUGCUACUCCCACGCAGCAAUUUUACAUUUUGCGAAUAUGAUUCCAAGUUCAAGUUAAUACAGAGACAAGAGUUCAAGAUUCCUGACCACUUGAUGAUCCACGAUUGGGCCUUCACGGACUCUCACUAUAUCAUAUUUGCUAAUCGCAUCAAACUCGAUGUGCUUGGGUCGAUGGGAGCUGUGUGUGGAUUAUCGCCAAUGAUAUCGGCAUUAACAGUGAACCCAAGUCAGCCCACAUCUCCUAUUUAUCUGCUGCCUCGCUUCCCAAACUCUUCUCCUACUCCCAGAGACAGGGACUGGACCGUCCCUAUUCAAGCUCCUUCUCAGCUCUGGCUCCUCCACGUGGCCAAUGCCUUCCAAGUCAUUUCAGACGAUGCUGAGGGCAAUUUGGACAUUCGGAUCCAAGCCGCUGCUUGCUCUUACCAAUGGUUCAAUUUCCGCAGCCUCUUCGGAUACAAUUGGCAACGACAAAAGCUUGACCCUUCAAUUAUGAAUGUGAAAGAAGGCGAAAAUGAGUUGCCUCAUCUUGUUCAGGUGUCAAUAAAGCUGGAUGGUGAUGAGAAAUGCGAGGAAUGUAGCGUGAAGCGAAUGAAAGAGUGGAAAAAGUCGUCAGAUUUUCCAGUGACAAAUCCAUUAUUUUCCGGGAAAAAGAACAGAUAUGUAUACGCAGCAACAACAUUGGGAUGUCGCAAAGCAUUGCCACAUUUCCCAUUUGACACAGUGGUGAAGUUGGAUUUAUUAAGUGAAUCUGCCCAAACUUGGUCUGUUGGAACUCGCAGAUUUGUUGGUGAACCUAUUUUUGUUCCCAAAACUUGUGAUGAUGAUGAUGAUAGAGAAGACAAUGGAUACCUGCUCGUAGUAGAGUAUGCUGUGGCAAUGCAGAGAUGUUAUCUGGUUAUUUUAAACCCAAAGAAGAUAGGAGCAGGCAAUGCCCUUGUGGCCAGACUAGAAAUCCCAAGGCAUUUGAAUUUCCCUCUAGGUUUUCAUGGAUUUUGGGCCCCUGAGAAUAAGUUUUAAUUUGAUGUAUUCAUAUUAUGAUUAUCAUAUUAUUCUUUUAUACUCCCUCCAUUUAAAAAUAUAAGGCAUUUUUUAAAAA